AUGGUAUCGCAAAUUUCUUGCUGGCAAGUUCCUUCUCCAACCUGGGGCAAAGGUUCUUUUGAUAAGCUCAGAGAUUUUGAUCAACCUUCACCACCUGGAGUUGAUUUUGCUUACCAAAAAUGCAAUGUAUCAACAAGAUUGUCACCUUAUAAUAAUUUUGAAUCUUUUAUACAUACUUCUCAGCUACCAAAUGAAACAUCCUCUACUCAUACUACCCAUGCAAAGACUUUGUAUACAGAUCAUUCGAUAAUUCCACGGAGUGAAAUAUCUCUCGAUUCGGAUUUGUCAAAUUCAUAUACACCUUUUCAGUCAAACUUCCCUACUUCAUCACUAGAGCCUUUUUAUGAAUCUAAAGGAAAUAAUCCGAAGAAAAACAAAGGAAAAAAGAAAAAUGUAAUUGCCAGUAUUGAUUGUCAUCCUCCCACACAAAAGGAUCAAAAAUCAAAAAAUACCUGCUUUAAUAAAAAGAAAAAAUUAAAGAAAAGAAAUAGUGUUCAUAAUUGUGAAGAUCAGAAAUUUUACCAUGAAACAUUAAGGGCCGAGCCAAGUUCCAAGGAACAAAGGCAAGUUGAGAUUACCAAACAAGAUCGAUUCGAACUCAAGAUUAGACCGAACUAUUCUUCAAUUAACAAGCUGCCUCUAAAGAAUGACGAGUCUAAUUGUAUUGCCAUGAAACUUCCACCGGAGAUUCUUUUAAUGAUAGCAGAAAAUUCAACCGCAGAAACUACGUUAGCCUUAACAUUGACAUGUCAAAAGUGGUAUAACUGGCUUACUGAUAUGGACAGUACUUACAUUGGCCGGGUUUGGCGUAGAUCUAGAAAUAAUUCUCAUCCAGAUCAUAAAGAGCCCAAGACUGGGAAAUGUGAAAUGAUUUACACCAUUCAAAAGAUGAGACCAAAACCAUCAUGGCUUCACGAAUGUGACAUGUGCUAUAAAAAGUCUAGCAUUAUGACAUGGAACUUUAGAGGCAGGCCAAUCAAUACUUGUUACAGUUGCAAGAAGAUGUACGAAGUUAAAACAAAUGAUUACGAUAAGGAAAUAUAUUAA